AAGGUGACAAGAGCAAAGUCCAGUCACAACAAAUCGAACGUGGAAGAAUAGAAGGUGUUUUUGCCAGCUGUAAACCGUGAAUUGUGUUUGUCGGGAACUGAAGUUGCAGGGCAGAAAGCUUCAUCUGGUCCAAGUGCUUUGUAACUGACACCUGUCCAAGAUGCUAAGAUUAAGCUCUAUCCAGUUGAAGCGCAUUUCUCAGCAGCAAUUUUCCCGCACUGCAGGCAUACAGACAACAUGCCGUUACAUCCAUGCUGGUGCAACAUUGCAUCAAGACUCAAAGCGAGAACCAAGAAAACAGAAAAUCAAAAAGUUGAUGGUCGCAAAUCGAGGAGAGAUUGCAAUUAGGGUGUUUCGUGCUGCAACCGAAGCUGGUAUCCGAACUGUUGCAAUCUACUCUGAGCAGGAUGCCAAUCACAUGCAUAGGCAGAAGGCUGAUGAGGCAUAUUUGGUUGGCAAAGGUAUGCCACCUGUAGCUGCAUAUUUGAACAUUCCCGAGAUUAUUAGAAUUGCAAAGGAAAAAGAGGUUGAUGCUAUUCAUCCAGGCUAUGGCUUCCUGUCUGAGCGAGCAGACUUUGCCCGUGCCUGUACAAAGAAUGGAGUUAUAUUCAUUGGGCCGUCUCCAAGAGUCGUGCAGAUGAUGGGUGACAAAGUAGAAGCAAGAAAAGUUGCCACAAAAGCUGGAGUUCCUGUGGUGCCUGGAACAGAAAAUCCCAUCAAAACAGCCGAAGAAGCCAAAGCAUUCUGUGAGGAACAUGGGCUACCUGUCAUCACCAAAGCAGCAUAUGGUGGAGGAGGGCGUGGUAUGAGGGUUAUAUGGAAUAUGGAUGAAGUAGAGGAAUUUUUUCAUCUUGCCAGUAAUGAGGCUUAUGCUGCUUUUGGUGAUGGAUCUAUGUUUAUAGAGAAGUUUGUAGAGAAACCAAGACAUAUUGAAGUCCAGGUUAUAGGAGACGCACACGGAGAUGUAGUACACCUUUAUGAGCGUGACUGCUCUGUUCAGCGACGUCACCAGAAAAUAGUAGAAAUAGCACCAGCACCUCUUAUUAGUCCAGAACUUAGACAGACUUUGGCUGAAGAUGCCAUACGACUAUGUAAAGAAGUCGGUUAUGAAAAUGCUGGUACUGUAGAGUUUUUGAUUGACCAGGAAGGUAACCAUUUUUUCAUUGAAGUCAAUGCAAGACUCCAGGUAGAACAUACAGUCACCGAGGAGAUUACAGGCAUUGACUUGGUAAGAGCUCAGAUUGGUGUCGCUGAGGGAAAAAGUUUAAAUGAUCUAGGGCUGGUCCAAGAUAAUAUACGAGUAACGGGUUCAGCUAUACAAGCAAGAGUGACGACUGAAGACCCAGCAAUGAACUUUACACCCGAUACAGGAAGAAUUGAGGUGUUUAGGAGUGGUGAAGGCAUGGGUAUUCGUCUAGAUGGCGCGUCAGCAUUUGCCGGUGCCAUCAUUUCCCCUCAUUACGACUCUCUUUUGACCAAAGUGAUCAGUCAUGGCACGGACCACAAGGAAGCUGCUCAAAAACUGUACAGAGCGCUUACCGAGUUUAGGAUUCGAGGGGUCAAGACCAAUAUAGCUUUCUUACUAAACGUCCUAAAGCAUGACAGUUUUCUAGACGGCACAAUGACUACAGACUUUAUCCAUCAAAACCCAGAAUUGUUUAAAGUUAAAAAAAGUCAGAAUCGAGCUCAAAAACUUCUGCAGUACCUUGGAAAUGUAAUGGUCAAUGGUCCUGUCACUCCGCUUGCUACGGGCCUGAAACCCUCUAAAGACGAACCUAAACUUCCCGAGGUACCCUACGAAACCCAUAAUUCCUAUCUACGUCCUCGAGGCUAUCGUGACCUGUUCCUUCAAGAUGGUCCAGAAGGCUUUGCACGCGCUGUUCGUCGAAGCAACAAGCUUCUUUUGACGGAUACUACUUUUAGAGAUGCACAUCAGUCGCUCCUUGCUACACGUGUCAGGACUCACGACAUGGUCAAGAUUGCUCCAUUUGUCUCGCACUUCUUUGCUAAUGCAUACAGCUUGGAAUGCUGGGGAGGUGCAACGUUCGACGUGGCCUUGCGAUUCUUGUACGAGUGCCCCUGGGACCGACUGACCAAACUUCGUGAACAAAUACCCAACAUUCCUUUCCAGAUGUUACUUCGUGGCGCAAAUGCUGUCGGGUACACUAGCUAUCCGGAUAACGUCGUGUUUGAGUUCUGUCAGAAGGCAAAGGAUUAUGGGAUGGACAUCUUUAGAGUAUUCGAUUCUCUGAACUACUUACCAAACUUGCAGCUUGGUAUCGACGCAGCAGGACAAGCAGGAGCUAUCGUUGAAGCAGCCAUCUCGUAUUCUGGUGAUGUGACUGACCCAAAUCGUACUAAAUAUAACAUAGAUUAUUACAUGGAUUUGGCAUCAGAUCUAGCGAGGUCUGGUGCUCAUGUUCUGUGCAUCAAGGACAUGGCUGGCUUACUAAAACCAAAAGCAGCGUCUCUACUGAUUGGCGCUCUCCGUGCCCAGUUCCCCAAGCUGCCAAUCCACGUGCAUACCCAUGAUACAUCGGGUGCUGGAGUUGCGUCCAUGUUGGCUGCGGCGGAAGCUGGAGCCGAUGCCGUUGAUGUAGCAGUAGAUUCCAUGUCAGGCAUGACGUCACAGCCUAGUAUGGGUGCUGUUGUUGCUGCUUUGGAGAGAGGUGACCAUGAUACAGGGAUCCCAUUGCAUAGUGUACAUGAAUACAGCGCUUACUGGGAACAAACAAGACUUUUAUACGCACCUUUCGAGUGUACUGUCACAAUGAAGAGUGGAAAUGCCGACGUUUAUGAGAAUGAGAUACCAGGUGGUCAAUACACCAAUCUUCAUUUCCAGGCGUAUAGCCUUGGACUGGGAGACAGGUUCUCAGAGGUCAAGCAAAAGUACGUAGUCGCUAACAAACUACUUGGAGAUCUGGUGAAGGUUACUCCAACAUCAAAGGUCGUGGGAGACUUGGCCCAGUUUAUGGUGCAAAAUAAGCUAGACGAGAGAGACGUGCUAGCCAAAGCACCAGAGCUUGACUUUCCUUCAUCAGUUGUCGAGUUCAUGCAAGGAUAUCUUGGUCAACCCUAUGGUGGUUUUCCAGAACCCUUGAGAUCUCAGAUUGUCAAAGAUAAACCAGUCUUAGAAGGUCGCCCAGGCGAGUCCCUUGAGAGUCUUGACUUUGAAGAUCUCAAAAAGAAGCUCCAAGAGGACUUUGGAGAAGAUGCGGGUAUUAGAGACGUAGACGUACUUAGUGCUGCUUUAUAUCCCAAAGUAUUUAAUGAUUACAUGGUAUUUAAGGAGGAGUUUGGUCCAGUUGAAGGUCUGCCAACCAGACUCUUUUUUACUGGACCGGAAAUUGGUGAAGAAUUCCAAGUUGAAAUCGAGCCUGGUAAAGUUUUAAAUCUUAAAGUGCUCGCCAUCAGUGAUCUUCAUCCCAACGGUAUGAGAGAAGUGUUCUGCGAGAUGAAUGGUCAGCUGCGUUCCGUUAUGGUGCAGGACAAAAGUGCUACUAAGACCUUAGUGCUGCGCCCCAAGGCAGAAAAGACCGUCAAGGGAUCCAUUGGUGCUCCAAUGCCCGGUAAAGUUGUCGGCAUUCGUGUCAAAGAAAACGAAGUCGUCAAGAAAGGCAUGCCUCUAGUUGUACUAAGCGCCAUGAAAAUGGAGACUAACGUAUCGUCACCUUGCGAUGGGAUGGUCAAGAAGAUAUCCAUCGCUCUAAACAAUGACGUAGAAGCAGGAGACUUACUUAUUGACGUCGAACCAAAUCAGUGACGUCACAAAUAUGACAUCAUCAACUUGUAAUGACGUCACACAAGCCGUCAUCGACAAAAAUGACGAAAUCGAGCUGGAAAGACGUCGCUCAUAGAUAUAACGUUACAGAAUAUUGAAAAAAAUUCAUUUUAGGAAACAAAGAACAAAACAAAACAAAAAAAUGUUGGAACUAAUAGUAUUCUUAGAUAGCAUAGGAUGUUAAAAACUUAUAGCUAAAGACAUUAUUUAAUUGUUUUUGGGUCUUGAUGUUGUGAUUCAAAUCACGGGGAACACCAAAACAAACUAUACAAACUCCAUAAAGUAUUCUUUUUUUCAGUAUUAUAAUUUAUUUUUGAUAUAGAAUAAUAUUCGAAUGUAGUAAUUAUUGGACUAGUAUCAUUUGUUGAUAAUAAAUAAAAUGUGCAUGUAUUGUAUA